UUGGUGGUGCAGCAGCUAUUAUGUCUGCAUUCAAAAAAAAACAAAGGAUCCAUAAUCGUUGGCGGUGGAAAAUCUCAAGGAUUCCAACAAUUUGGCACAGGCUCAGAUUAUGAAGUGUUCCGUAUAAACGCUAAUCGAGUUCCAGAUUUUAUUGAACAUAAGAUCAAUUUGCUGAUGCAAGAUCAAACCCCAGAAGUUAUUUCUCAUAAAGGUGAAAUUAUUGAAUCAUUAAGAGAUGCUGUCGAAUUUGGUUCUUACGAGAUUGAAGAUCAUCGCAUGGUAGAUACAGUUGCAUAUAACGAUCAAUCUGGAAAACUUUACUUGUACAUUUACACAUUCGAAGGAUAUUUGAAACCUAAUCAAGUUCAUAAAGUUGCAUGCUCUUCAUUGAAAAUCACAGUUGAUUUCAAGCUCCCAAGAGACUGGAUCAUCGUAGCCAAAUUUAAAGCUAGCAUGCUCCAGUGCUCCAUGUGCCAGGAACUUCAAUUCCUUCCUGAAAAGUCAAUGUCAAUGGAAAAUGUUGUUGACGCCAUUUCAGUUGCCCUUGCUCCUGCUGUUUUAGGUCUUAUCAAGCUUCCACCUCCAUUUCUCAAAAUAAUGAGCGCUGCUUUCAAGACUCAAAUUGAUAAUCCAAACGGCGACGUUAGACCAGCUCCAAAUCCAGAGCUUGCGGCUCAAUCAUUAAAGUUAAUGGACCAGUUUGAACAAAACCAAAAGCAGAUUAUUUCAGACAUUGAAAAGCAAUUAGGAUUUGGCCUUAACUCUGAUGAAGGUCACCAUCAUAUGCGUAACCGUAUGAGAAUUCCAGAGCGUCAUUAUCAUCGCCACCAUCAUCAUCCAUACGAUUUCGCUUAA